GUCAGAGUUACUCAAAGUGUCAGUGUCAAUAAUACUGUCGUCAAUAUAAUAAUAGUGGAGUGUCACUUCACUUCAGGAUCAGAUUAUUUGUAAAACUUCUGCUUUCAAUUUGAGGCCUAAUUAAUUUAAGAAAUAUAAUUAUUGCUCUACUUAUUACUCAUAGUUAGUUUAGGAUUAAAUGUUCCACCAUUUUGAUCACUAAAUAUCUUACAGAAAUAUUAAUUGUAAUAGUGAAAUAUGAAAAGAAUAAUUGCAUUCAAAAAUGGUACAGACGUUGAUGGAAAGCUAAUCCUUGUAACACAUUCACUUGAGGAACUACUUACUGCUUGUGGAAACAAGUUCUCCAUAAAUGCCAAACGAUUAUUCACCCCUCAAGGUGGGGAAAUAGAUGAUAUAAAAUUAAUUCGCGAUGAUGACAUCUUGUAUGUUUCUGCUGGAGAAGGUUUUAUUCCUCUUGGACCCGCUGUCAGUUCUAAACCUUCGUCAGCCAUUGUACCAAGCAAGUUUCAUUCUGAUUGGCUUACCCUGAAUGUCGGAGGUAAAUACUUCACUACAUCAAGGAGCACAUUACUUACUAAGGAGCCCAGCAGCAUGCUCGCCAGGAUGUUUGCUGAAGGUGAUUCAGGUUAUCUGAUGACACCAAGUAAUGUAGACACCAACGGUGCUUACCUGAUAGAUCGCAGUCCUACGUACUUUGAACCAAUCCUUAACUACCUGCGGAAUGGACAACUUAUCAUCGACUCCACUGUAAAUCCCGAAGGAGUGCUAGAAGAGGCCAGGUUCUUUGGCAUAGAGUCUCUCGUUCCUCAACUGGAGGCAAUGAUCCAGAGUGCUGCCAGGUCCAGGGAUAAUGUGCCUCUCACUCGACGAGACGUGGUCAAUGCUCUCAUAUUGACACCUCUCAAUGCUGAGCUGCGAUUCCAAGGUGUCAAUCUGGCUGGCUCAGACCUCUCUCGUCUAGACCUCCGCUACAUCAACUUCAAGUAUGCAUGUUUGCAUGGGUGUCGCAUGGUGGGAGCCAACCUGAGUUGGUGCACAAUGGAGCGUGCAGACCUCAGUCAUGCCCAGCUGGAAGGUGCACAGCUGCUCGGAGUCAAGAUGCUUUGCGCAAACCUUGAGGGUGCAAAUCUGCGCGGCUGCAACUUUGAGGAUCCUGCUGGCACACGGGCGAACAUGGAAGGUGUGAAUCUAAAGGGAGCCAACCUGGAAGGCAGUAACAUGGCUGGGGUGAACCUCAGGGUUGCAACUCUGAAAAACGCUAAUCUUCAGAACUGUGACUUGCGGGCAGCUGUGUUGGCAGGGGCUGACUUGGAGAAUUGCGAUUUGUCAGGUAGCGAUCUGCAUGAGGCAAACUUACGAGGUGCAAAUUUAAAAGAUGCUGCUUUUGAGCUGAUGCUUACGCCACUACACAUGUCACAAACCGUCCGCUGAAACUAAAACUACAAAAGGUCUAAAUUAGUUAGUAUUAUUCUUUGUAGAUAACUAGUUGGCAAGUUAGGGUUAGGGAAGUUAUGCAAUAGACUCCAAUUGUUCAAUUAUCUUUGUCUUAACAAACCCUAACCUCUUGCUGGUCCAAGUUAUCUCUUACGUGCAGUACCUUUCAUUGUUAGUUUGUAAAUAUACCAUUUUAUUUAGUGGUUGUUAACUGCUUGAAAGAAUGUAAAAGCAGUUCUGAGUUCUGGGAUGGUGUCAUUGCCUUUGGAUUUGUGUGUUCACUAGUUUUGUAGUUUGUAUUCUAUGUUUUGUAAUGGUCGGUCUUAAAAGCUUUAAUAUUACGCAAUCCAAACAAAAUAAAUUAGCUUUUACUAUGUAUCUGUGCCAGCAACUUGUGAUGAUUUUGUGGCAUUUAUAAAACAAUAAAUGUAAUUUUCAUUUGUA